AGCUUUGGGUGCUUCACCUGCUUUGCUCAAAACCUCAUGACUACACAGCAGCAGCCAGCAGCAUUGAGUUUGGAAGGUAGUGGCUGAUUUGACUGCGCCAACAUGUCGAUGGGUCUGGAGAUUGGUGGUAUAGCCCUAUCUUUCCUGGGCAUGAUAGGCACCAUCUUGUGUUGCGGGUUGCCUAUGUGGAAGGUGACUGCCUUCAUCGGCUACAACAUCGUCACUGCGCAGUUCACCUAUGAAGGGCUAUGGAUGGACUGUGUGGCUCAGAGUACUGGCCAGAUGCAAUGCAAGGUCUAUGAUUCCAUGCUGGCAUUGCAACCAGAUCUACAGGCUGCGCGGGCCUUAAUUGUCAUUGCCAUUGUUCUUGCAGUGAUGGGGAUAUUCAUUUUCCUGAUGGGAGCACAGUGCACUCGCUGCAUUGAAGAUGAACCUACAAAAGCCAAGAUCACCAUCGUUUCUGGGGUCAUCUUUCUGCUGACUGGCAUCCUGACUCUCAUCCCCGUCUCCUGGUCUGCCAAUCAAAUUAUCCGUGAUUUCUACAAUCCAGCAGUCCCACCUGCCCUGAAACGCGAAAUAGGACCUUCACUUUACAUUGGUUGGGCAGCAGCAGCCCUUUUUCUUUUUGGAGGAAGCUUGCUGUGCUGUUCCUGCCCCCCCAAGGAGGAGAAGUACAGACCCACACCCAUGGUUUACUCUGCACCCAGGUCUACUGCGUUGAGCUAUGACAAGAAGAACUAUGUAUGAAGUGGCAGAACACCUCCAUGGUUGUAAGUGUUGCAUGCCUACGAGGAUGGGUUAAAUUCACCUUUGCUUGCUCAAGAAGACGAAAAAACUUCUACCAAGAUUCAUUCUCAUAUUCAGUGAGAAUUUGUAUAGCAAUGGUCUGUAUGACUCGCUUCUCAUGGAAUUCCUAAGAGGGGGAAGGAACUUGCCUGGCCCCAUUUUUCUUUGUUUGCCUCUGAUAUAAAACAUGCUCAGACUUUCAUCAGACACUGGUUGUAGAGACCCCAUCCCUUCUGCUCAAGCUUGACCUUCAGCCCUCAGCUUAAGGGGUCAAAAUGAUUGCAGACGGUUAGUAUAACUACGGAAGUGUCAAGUAGACUGCUUCUUUGAAUGAUGGUUUCUGUGCUGUUGGAUUCUUCCCCCCCCCCCUUGCCGGGCUUCCAACUUUGGACACUUGUGUUUUCUAACCAUUUGUGGUUUCUGAAAGGGAACCCUUCAAGCAAUGGGUGAAGAAUAUGAUCAUUUUGCUGGACAUCGAGAUGAGGACAAUGUCAGCACUUGAGGUGGCUGGACAGUUGUUGAAUAUUCUCGGAUAUGGGUGGCAAGUGGCAGAGGAUGCUCUUUCCCUAAAAUUUUAUCUGCAUUUACACAACAUACUAAGAGUCCUUAGCUUGAAUCAUGGUUAGUUUGGGAGGCUAUUGUGUUGCAUAAACCCAACCCAAUUGCUUAAUUUAUUAUUCAAUGCAUAUUGAGCUUAGAGAAAUGGUUUAAUUCGGUAUCCAAGUGAAAUAUGUUGAGAGGACACUACCCACAAGUCUUUUCCACACUAAGCAACAAAUUUGAGAUAGGGGGAACAGCUGUGUGAGGAAGUUUGGCAGCCACAUUUGUACAUCCGAGCACAGGAAUUUGCCUAAAUGAGGAAUCAAGAAGGCUGAUACUCUUCCUCUUCUCAUUCUGAGUCUUUUAGAAUGAGGGCAAGAUCCCCUCUUCCCAUCAUAAAGAACAGCCAACCAUGAAGGUACUGCUCCUUCAACUGCAUGUUGGCAGCAACUGGUGGAAGGAAGAGAGAUAAAGAGCUGCCAGUGGCCCCUCUAGCCAAAUAAAGUUCAUCUCCGGACACUUUUGUCCUUCAGAAUCAUUUCCCCAUCUUUCCAAGAUGAUAUAGAGAGAGCACUUGCUGGCAAUGGGAUGUGAGUGGGUGGAUGGGAUUUUAUUAUUCAUAGCUGAGGGUAAGCAUGAUGCCCUCUUUUAUUCUGUGUAUAUAGGAAGUUACAUUGUGUUUCUUUCUUUCUUCCCCCCAAUAAAACCGUUUGAGAAACCAA